CUCAGACCCGGCCCGAGCGCCCGCCGAGAACACGGACAGGGACCUGCACGGGCACGGGCGCUGCGCCGGAGGCUCCUCUCGCGGGCGGGGGCUGCGCGACCAUGGCGGACAAGGAGGCCGGCGGCAGCGACACUGGGCCCCGAGAAAUGGCCCCUACAUCUGCAUAUUCAUCUCCAGCCCGGAGUCUGGGGGACACAGGAAUAACACCUCUGUCCCCUUCCCACACUGUGAACGAUGCGGACCCAAACGUCUCUGAGCAGCAGACGUUUCUCGUGGUGGUGGCUGUCGACUUUGGGACCACAUCCAGCGGCUAUGCCUACAGCUUCACCAAGGAGCCAGAAUGCAUCCAUGUGAUGAGGCGAUGGGAAGGAGGCGACCCUGGGGUGUCCAACCAGAAGACUCCAACCACCAUCUUGUUGACUCCGGAGAGGAAGUUCCACAGUUUCGGGUACGCCGCCAGGGACUUUUACCACGACCUGGAUCCCAAUGAGGCCAAGCAGUGGCUGUACCUGGAGAAGUUCAAGAUGAAGCUGCAUACCACUGGGGACCUCACCAUGGAUACAGACCUGACGGCAGCAAAUGGCAAGAAAAUCAAAGCCCUUGAAAUCUUUGCUUAUGCCCUGCAGCACUUCAAGGAGCAGGCGCUGAAGGAGCUGAGCGAUCAGACAGGUUCAGAGUUCGAGAACUCUGAUGUCAGAUGGGUUAUUACAGUGCCUGCCAUCUGGAAACAGCCCGCCAAGCAGUUCAUGAGACAAGCUGCCUACCAGGCAGGCCUGGCUUCCCCCGAGAACUCGGAGCAGCUCAUCAUUGCCUUGGAGCCCGAGGCAGCCUCCAUCUACUGCCGGAAGCUGCGGUUGCACCAGAUGAUCGAGCUGAGCGGCAAGGCCACGGUCAAUGGGUACAGCUCCAGGGACACAGUAGGAGCUGGGUUUGCACAGGCUAAGGAACACACACGACGUAAUCGGCAGAGUCGAACCUUUUUGGUGGAGAAUGUCAUAGGAGAAAUCUGGUCCGAGCUGGAGGAAGGUGACAAGUAUGUGGUAGUGGACAGUGGCGGUGGCACCGUAGACCUGACAGUCCAUCAGAUACGGUUACCGGAGGGACACCUUAAAGAACUGUACAAAGCAACAGGUGGAGCCUAUGGAUCUUUAGGAGUAGAUUAUGAAUUUGAAAAGCUUCUGUGUAAAAUAUUCGGAGAGGAUUUUAUUGAGCAAUUCAAAAUCAAGCGUCCUGCGGCCUGGGUUGACUUAAUGAUUGCAUUUGAGUCUCGCAAAAGGGCAGCUGCCCCGGACCGAACUAACCCGCUGAACAUCACCCUGCCCUUCUCCUUCAUUGACUACUACAAGAAGUUCCGUGGGCACAGCGUGGAGCACGCCUUGAGGAAGAGCAACGUGGAUUUUGUGAAGUGGUCCUCGCAGGGGAUGCUGAGGAUGAGUCCAGAUGCCAUGAAUGCCCUUUUUAAGCCGACCAUUGAUAGCAUCAUUGAGCAUCUCCGGGACCUGUUUCAGAAGCCGGAGGUGUCCACGGUCAAGUUCCUCUUCCUGGUGGGCGGCUUCGCCGAGGCGCCCCUCCUACAGCAGGCGGUGCAGGCGGCCUUCAGCGACAAGUGCCGUAUCAUCAUCCCCCAGGACGUGGGCCUCACCAUCCUUAAGGGCGCUGUCCUCUUCGGCCUGGACCCCGCCGUCAUCAAGGUGCGCCGGUCCCCGCUCACCUACGGGGUUGGGGUGCUGAACCGCUACGUGGAGGGCAAGCACCCGCCCGAGAAGCUGCUGGUGAAGGACGGCACUCGCUGGUGCACCGACGUCUUCGACAAGUUCAUCUCCGCUGACCAGUCCGUGGCCCUGGGCGAGCUGGUCAAGCGCAGCUACACCCCGGCCAAGCCCUCCCAGCUGGUCAUCGUCAUCAACAUCUAUAGCUCUGAGCUCGACGACGUGAGCUUCAUCACCGACCCCGGGGUGAAGAAGUGCGGCACGCUGCGCCUCGAUCUCACGGGGGCCGGCGGCACUGCCGUGCCCACCCGCAGGGAGAUCCAGACCCUCAUGCAGUUCGGGGACACCGAGAUCAAGGCCACGGCCGUUGAUAUAGCCACCUCCAAGAGUGUCAAGGUUGGGAUCGACUUCUUAAAUUACUAACCGGCCCUCCCCGCCGCCUGUCCCCUCGGACUCAGCUCACCUGCAUCUGCUGACCUCAACCCUGACUGUUCUUUCCCUGCCCUUGACCCUUAGCCAUCACCCGUCUGAAUUUCAGCAGGGAAGGUGAGAACAGCCAGGGCUAGAAAUAAUUAGGGGUAUUUGAAGGCACACUGGAGUCAGAAAAACUGUUGGCAGUGAAGAUGGAGGUUAGGAAAUAAGGAAUUUGAGGAUCGCGGAAAAGCAGCUAGUGUUCGCAGGUACGAAGUGGUGAAACCCCCCCCCCCCCCCACCACCGCCCCACAAGGGAAUCAGUAGAUUUCUGCAGCAGUGAUCGGGCUUGGGUCGAAGAGAUCUCCCUUAUGUAGAACUUAGGAUGCCCUGUCGCGAUCCUUCCAGAUUUGAAAUAAGAUCUUGGAGCCAGGAGGAGAUUCUUCAUCUCUCUUGAGACUUUUCUUUUUUACGUAUUUUGGAUGGCAGUCGAUAUAAAAUGCCAUCCAUCUGCAGUUAAUUUCUUUUCAUCAUGGUGUGACUAAAAGUGAUGAUUCACUGGGAACUUGGAGGGUUUUUAGCUGGUGGGAGAAGACGGCCUACACUGGGUGCUAUUUUAGGUUCUCAUCAUUUAAAUUCCAAAAAGGUUUAGUGAAGAAUAACUGGAGCUUCAGCUAAUCCACUAGGAUUUGUGAGUGGGAGAGCUGACACCUCAGCUUUUCAGCAGGUAAAAAUUUGCUUCGAGGGAAAUGGAUAUUGAGCUAGUGACAGAUCCCAAAUUAUAUGCUGUGAUAGAACUCCCCAGAGGUCAAAUCCUGAUUUCUGAAUUCAUGAGUAAUUUGAGUUAACCUUAGUAGGAUUCUGUGUGAGAAAAUGAAGUUGCAGUUUGCCUUGUUCACAUCAGCAAGCCCGGGAGUCCGGAGCAGCCCCUCCCCUUGACGGGCGCACGUAUUUUAAACUAACUCUCUCCUCCCUGCUUGCCCUCAUCUCCCUAAGAGAUUUGGCCAUUUAUUUCCACAUUUUGAAAAGAAUACAUCGGUGAUACAUGGGCAGAGAAUCUGUUUAACAAAAUGUUUUGUUAAAAUCUUCCGUUUUAAAACUAGAACUGAAGAUUCUAUCUAAAGGCACUCAGAGAUCUGUACUUAGUGAAUGAAGCUGGGUUCUUUCAAAGCAGAUCUGUGCAUCUCCCGUGCAAGAACUGCCUGGGUGCUUCUGAAAAACAGGUUCCUGGAUUCUAUCCCUUUUAGGAACUCAAGUCUUGGAGAGGGGAACCAGAAUCUGCAAUUUUUAGUAAAGGCCACAGGGGACUGUGGUUCAAUUGGCAUUUGAAAACUCCUAACUUUAGGGUUUGGGAAAGCUGGGGCCCAGACCAGAGCCUGCAGCUUCCAGUUGGGUUCCCUUAGGGAGUGAGUCUGCAAGUGAAGGCCCACAAUCCCACACGUUGCCCUCU